AUGGAUACUGAUAUUCAGUGGGCUCUUGUUCGUUUUGAAUCUGAUAGGAUAACUGACAACAUAGAAGUAAAGCACAUUAAAUAUAGAAAAAAUGAUAGCUUUCAUAUUCAACCAAAGCAUGACCAAGAUUUUUCUAAAACUCACUACUAUUAUGCUCGAUGGAAUUGUGAUGAAAACUGUACAGAAGUACAUUACAAUGGAAAACACCAUUCAUACUAUUCUGCACGAAUAAUAUUACUUGGAAAUAGCAAAGAUGACAUUGAAAAAAAAGUAAAGCAAAGUCACGAAUCAAGAAGUAGUCGAAUCAGAAUUCCGACUCGGGUCGAGACAACAUCAACUAGCCCGACUACUGAUGAUGAAGAAAACGUAGAUGCGGAUGCACAAUCCGACGCAGAUGCCAAAGAAGUUGAGAAGAGAAAGAAGGCCUACACAAAAAAAUUGCUAAAGAACACCAGAAAGCUGAGUACUAUCAAGACUUUGGAGGAAGCGAGAAAGUCAUAUGUAGAGCCUGCGUCCAAAAAAUCAAUCCUCCCUAAUUCAAACGAUUUUCCGGCUACACUUUCAAGUGGUUUUUCUCUCGCAAGAGUAAUUUUUUCAAAAAGUGCUUUGGUGCCAGAGAACGAAUGUUCUCAAGUACGUAAUACCUGCAUCAACACAUCUACUGUAGAUCCUAGAUUUCAGCAAAUACCAUCUCGUUCUGAAGCUAGACAAUCCGAUGACGAUGAUGAUUUUGAAAGCACUAGAAACUCAAGGUCAAGACGUGGAUCAGACGUGGAUCAAUUAUCAUCGCCACCACCACGUCGAUCAAGAUCAUCGACACCACGCCGAACAAGAUCACCGACACCACGUCGAUCAAGAUUACCGACACCACGUGGAUCAAGAUCCAGUUCAGUGAAAGUAGAAGCUGAUAUUAGCGACUUAUUAGAUCAGGUGCCUGAAAAUGUAAGAGGCAGAUUGAAUGAGGCGUUUGAAGGGCUCCAGGGCAAAAUACAAUCCUUGAAGAAUAAACUGACAAAAAAAAGGAAAAGAAACGUCUACGUUGAGGAAACUGUUGAUCCAGUAGUUGCUGAUGAAGACGGAACUGUAGAUUCAGACGGUCCUGACGACGUAGAGUUAGCCGAGGAACUCAAGCGGGUAGGAGAACCUACAGGCGACGCUGGAGCUAAAAUGAUUUACGUUGGGCUUGAUAAAACAUACAGCCAGCCGUUGUGGGACUUGACACAACGAAAAUCUGCGUCGAAAUAUUUGAGGUUCUUGUUGAAGCGUUUAUUUCAACCACAUGAAUUGGCAAAUAAAUGUAUUUUCGAGAUAAAAACAACGGUAGUAGUUAAUGACAAAGAAAGACAAGAAAUGUCCCGUCGAGAAUUACGCAUUAUCAAAGUUCUCUUAAUGAAACGCUGCAACGCCAUCGAUCCUACUGGAGCUAUGGCAGCGACUUGGAAAGGAUUAUACAAGCGACAUAUCGGCUACGCCAUACAAGACGCACGAAGAUGAAAAGAAAAAUAAUUUAUUUGGUUUCUGCAUUAAAGCUUAUAAAUAUUAAAAGUGAUAUAAAUUCCAACUUAAUACUAUUGAAUAAUAAAUUUGUAAUUCGAUUUUUCAUUAA